GCCCCCGACAGGAACCGGGCGCGUGGGUCCCAGGGCUGUGAGCGGCCAUCCGCAGCACCAACGCAAAAAUAAGGCAGCAAGGAAACUUGGGGAUGCCUGGCUGGUGCCAAUCGACAACGAUCCCGAGGAAUACGGACAAUGCUUGACGUCGCAAGCAAGCAGCGAUCCCCGAAUGAGCUCCAUCAGCAACAGAGACAAUGCGACAGCGACAGCACCACGAGGUACCCGAUGCCAACCUCGAAUGACGUGAAUAUAAAUGUCGAAGGUUGUCCCUGACCUGGAGUUAAAAUGCGAAAAUGGGGGGAACAAGUCGACGAGCGCACUGCGACGACCUCUUGAGCGUUUAAUUGAUUGGUUGUUUUGGCCGUGCGCUUCUUCAUUCAUUCCUUUGCCAGGUUUCUCCCUCUUCAACAUGUCACCUCCUCGUGGUCUCGUCUCCGCUCUUCAGCUCCUCUCUUCGGUCCUCGCCGUCGCCGCCGGGCUGACGCCCUCUCUCCGGUCGGAUAUCGAGCACUCGUCGCAUCCGCGCUGCAAGGCGGUGCCGGGCUCGCCGGGCUGGCCGUCCACCCGAGAAUGGAACCGUCUAAAUGAGUCGAUUGCCGGAAGACUGCUGCGCCCGACUCCUCCAGGAGCUGUCUGCCAUUCCGGACAAGGAGACGGCGAGUCCCCCGAAUGCGCCGCCGUCCGUGAGCAGUGGUCGACCUACGAGUUCCACCAGGCCGACCCAGUCUCGGUCGACUGGAACAACUGGGCCAACGACACCUGCCUUCCAUUCCCAGGUGCUCCAUGCAGCGGUCAAGGAUAUCCUGUCUUCGUUAUAAACGCCACAGAAGCUCGCCAUGUCCAGCUCGGCGUUCAGUUUGCCAAGAAGCACAACAUCAGGCUGGUUGUCAAGAGCACCGGCCACGACUAUGUCGGCCGCUCGGUUGCCCCCAACUCGCUCUCCAUCUGGACCCACUACAUGAGAGACAUCAAGACUCACAAGUCGUUCCGCCCGAAGCGCUGCAAAGCCACCAUUGACAGCACCGCCGUCACGGUCGGUGCCGGCACGCAGAUGUGGGAUCUGUACAACGCCCUCGACCUCUUGAACCAGACCGUCGUCGGUGGCGGCUCGAAGACCGUCUCCGUGGGCGGCUACGUGACAGGCGCCGGUCACGGUCUGCUGUCUCCGACCUACGGCCUGGCCGCCGACCAGGUCCUCGAAAUGGAGCUCGUGACUCCCAACGGGGACAUUGUCACGGCCAACGAGUGCCAGAACGAGGACCUCUUCUGGGCCAUGCGCGGCGGCGGCGGCUCGACCUUUGGCGUCCUGACUUCGGUCACCAUGAAAACCUUCGCCACCCCCAGGAUCGAGGCGGCAACCGUCAUGCUCAUGACCACCGACGUCGCCCAACCGCGCCCCAUCUUCGACAUGGUCGCCUACGUCCUCAGCCAGUUCCCCUCCCUCGCCGACCGGGGCCUGUCCGGCUACAGCUACGUCAUCCGAGAGACUCCCAAUCCGCUCGACAACGGCACGACCAGCGUCGGCGGCAUCGUCUUCGCGGGCGUCGUGCAGAACUCGUCCCCGGAGGGGAUGCGCAAGCUCUGGGACCCCGUCCUCGCCCGCGUCAACGCCACCUGGCCGGGCCGGUUCGUACACAUCUACGAGCCGAGCUCCUACCCGACCUUCCUCUCCUGGUUCUCGGAGCACUUCGACUCCGACGAGGCCGGCCACGACGUCAUCCUCGGCUCGCGCCUCCUCGACCGCGCCGCCCUCACCGCCAACCUGACCGCCCUCUCGGCCGCCUACGACCGCUUCACCGCCGGCGCCACCUCCACCGCCUACCUGGUCUCCGGCAGGGGCGUGCACCACGCCCGCCCGCGCGGCCCCCGCGGCAACGCCGUGCUCCCCGCCUGGCGCUCCGCCUACGUCCACGCCACCCUAGGCGAGGGCUUCCCCCCGCUCAACGCGACCGCCGCCGCCGCCGCCAAGGAGCGCGUGCGCGAGCGCGUCGCGGCGCUGAGGGAGCUGGCGCCCCGGAUGGGCGCCUACGUCAACGAGGUGCGUCCUCCCCAGCCUCCCCCUCUUCCCACUCCACACUUUCUCCUCGCACCCUCAUCUAUUGUGUGUCUUCACUGACACGUGGCCGACCGCGCCG